AUGACACCACCACAACCAGAGAUCAAUACCUCUAUUUCCCCAGAGAUGCCACAAUCUAACAGAAUGGCUUCUUUCUUCAGAAGGAUGUCCAUCAAUAUUUUCUGUUUCUUCAAAUAUACUUCCAAAAAUGUUGCUGCUGUUAGUGUUGCUGAAGAUGAACAAUCAUCUUCUGAAACUGCCACAGUUGAAUAUACUCCAAUUAACCCUAAGCCAGUUACCAAUUCUCCUUCCACAAAUUUGCCAAACCAACGUAUACCAGCUGAACACUCUUCAGAUGAAAUUUUGUCAGUACUGCAGACAUCUUCAUUUGACCUUUCGCCAAUAUUGGCCUCGUCCAUUGAACCUUUGUCGCAUGCUGACUUACCUGAAGAGAAUACUAGCCUAUCCCCAUUGACAAUAAACACGGUUGUGUUUGAAUCCGUGAAUGCACACCGUGAAGAGGAGAGGAUCAAGAAUGAUAUCGGGAAAAGUAAGCCCAAUUUUUUGGAAGUUGCUUUGAAACAGGAAAGUCGUGAAGACAGAAAAGUAAGAAAACGGGCGGAGAGAAAGAGAAAAGAAGAGUUGAGAAUGCAGAAAAGAGAAGAAAAGUUGAGAAAGAAAAUAGAGAAGCAAGAGUUGAAAAUUCAGAAGAGAGAAGAAAAGUUGCGGAAAAAAGAACAAAAAGAACAAUUGAACAUCCAGAAAAGGGAAGAAAAGUUGAGAGAGAAAAAAGCCAAACAAGAGCUCAAAAGGAAACAAAAGGAAGAGAGAUUACAGGAAAAAGAAGCCAGAAAGCAAAGAAAAUUACAACAAGUAAAGAGGGACGACAUUGGCAGCAACAGUGAGGAUACCAAUAUUGGUAAGGCAAAAGAAGGCCCUGUCAAAAAUUUGAGAUUCGGAAAUAAACUUGCAGGAAAUUGUGAUAAAAUCGUUGACAAAAUUGAAGUAUCUAGAAAUCAUUUGGUACAAAAAGUUGGAAAGAUUUCACAGAGAUUCGGAUCAUGCCAAAUUCCAAUUGCUGCUACCAAAAGGCCAAAUAAGGAAAAACCAAAAACCUCGUUGUCUGUAGCGAGCCGCUACUUGAAAGUCCCUGCGCACUACCAAAUCUUGCACUCCUCCAAAACGUCCGCAAGAGUGCCAAUAAAGUCUCAACCACAAAAUCAAAGUUCCGCUGGCACCAAAAAAGGAGCUAAAAACUCACAACUUGUUAGAAGUGGCAAUGAUAGUAACACAGGUCAGGGUUCCAAGUUGAAAAAAUUCGAUAAAGUGCUCAAAAUUUUGAAGAAGCCAGUGAAAGAAGAAGCGCAAGGUUCGGCAUUGAAACAUGAUCCUAUUACAGAAGUGCAAAAUGAACAAUUUGAUUUCUACGUUCGUUUUUGCCAAAAGCUCUGGAACGAUGCCAGCUUAUCCCACAAGACGAUGCAGAAUGACUUAGCUCCUGCCUUCAUACAAUCUAAACUUGAAUUGAUGAUUGCUUUACAGAACACUCUUUUUGGAAAGGAACAUGAAAUUGUCUUGGUUUCUCCAAAGCCAGCUGCCACUAUUAACGAACAGGUCACUUCAAACAAGAGUAUGGCCGUUAUCAGCACUGCUCAAUCAUCAUCUGAUAACGUUGUCAGCCAAAAGAGCAGCAUUACCACUAUUAGUACCACCAGAUCCUUAGUUGACGAAAUGCUUACCCCGAAAAGCAGUUUUACCACCAUUAUUACCACCGAACCCUUCACUGAUAACAUUAGCAUGUCAAAUAGUACUCAGAACACCAUCUCAAAUGCUGAACUUACCAAGAAUUCAGGGGAGGACUUGAACAAUAAUCUUGAUUUAGAAAGUGCCCCAGUGGUUAUGGAUGUUACCUGUGCUACUAAACUAGUUCAUGGUAGUUUUGCUGCUCGUGAUGAUCAUAAUGCUGUCAAAACCACAUUCCCAAAAGUUAGAGCUGCACCAGAGAGUUUGAAUGGGAAUAUCAAUAUUGAGCCUUCUUUGAUUGAGAAAUCCAGAGUUAUUAAUAGUAAUAAAUUAUACUCUUAUUGUGGUCCUGAUAAAGAUCACUAUAAUAUUGCGAAUAAUAAAGUUUCCAAAGCUAAUUAUCUGACAGUCAAAGCUGCUCCAAAAUCUUUGAACCCUGUCGAUUGUAUUGCCCAAGUUGAGCCUCCUUUUUUGAAUGAAACUUCUGAGGUGCUCGAUUAUACUCAUUUGUGCUCUAAAUCAGACCAUAGUUGUGAGGCAUGUAUUGAUAGCAGCUCCGUUUAUGAUUUUACCUCUGACUCUGGUGAUUUCGAUGGUUCGCCAAAUCAUGGAAAUGUUGCCACUCCUCUUGCCGCCACCGCUUCUCCUAUAAAUCCACCCAUCAUUAAUUCUUUCUCAGCUUCAGCAUAUUCAGAAAUCAAAAUUGGCAGGAUGAACAAAGUACAACAACAGUAUGUUGAUAUCCUUGAAAAAGUAGUGGAACAAAUUGGACAGAAUGAAAGGACUGACUCAGUAUGCAAGCGGAAAGACGGGGGAAAAUGA